CCAACCGCCAAUUCUUAAUCCGUUUUAUCCAAGGCGACGAACAUCGCACUGCACUGCACAGCAGGCCACACCCCUUCUCCUUCUCCUUCCUCGCUCCGAAGAUCGAUGGGCUUCGAAGCUGCUUCUCGUCGUCGUCAUCCUCCUCCUCCUCCUUCGUGGCUCUGCGCGCGCUCGCCUCUGUCCACCAGGCUCUCUCCAGCUCAUCUCUCCACGAGGCCUGCGUCGCGCUCGUUCUCGUGCAAAUCCACCGCACUCUGCUGCUCCGGCGACUCCACGAGGCCCUCGUCCUCGCCGUCCGCUCGCUCCUACGGCCGCCGAUGGUACAAUCCUCUCAGACGCGUACCGACGGAGGACCGGCCGUCGCCGGAGAUCGUCCGCCGCUGGAUCGAGGCCGAUCAGCCGCUCGCUUCUCAAACGAAAUUUACCAUGGUUUCGUACAACAUUCUGGGAGAUAAAAAUGCUUCGAAGCACAGAGAUCUAUAUACAGAUAUUCCAUCUCAAUACAUGAAAUGGGAAUGGCGUAAACGUGUUAUAUGCGAAGAGCUGAUUGGAUGGAAUCCGGACAUAAUCUGCUUGCAGGAGGUGGACAAGUAUUUCGAGCUCUCGAAAAUUCUAGAGAAAGCAGGAUAUGUUGGUUCUUAUAAGAGACGCACUGGAGAUGCUGUUGAUGGUUGUGCUAUAUUUUGGAAAGCAAACGAGUUUUGGCUAUUAGAAGAAGAGAGCAUCAAGUUUAAAGAACUCGGCCUUCGUGAUAAUGUAGCACAGCUUUCCGUCUUUCAGGCGUGCAAAGCGGAGUCAAAGCAACUGCUUGUUGGCAAUAUUCACGUACUUUAUAACCCGAGUAGAGGAGAUGUAAAGUUAGGACAAAUUACAUUUCAGAUUCGUCACCUUUCCUCAAGGGCAAAUAGUCUCUCAGAAAAAUGGGGUAGUAUUCCCGUUCUGCUUGCUGGUGAUUUUAACACCACUCCGCAGAGUGCCUUAUACAAGUUCUUGUCAACAUCAAAGCUGGAUAUCGUGUCUUAUGACCGAAGGGAAUUAUCUGGCCAAAGAAGCUGCCACCCUGCUCAAGUUUUUGGUGAAAUGCAGGACUUAAGUAACUCUUUGUUUCUGAUAGACAGAUUUUUGACAUGUUGCUGGACUGAUGAAGAGAUCAAAACUGCUAGUGGUAAUGCUGAAGGUGAGGUUGUUACCCAUCCAUUGAAUCUUAAGAGCUCCUACGCCACGAUAAGGGGAUCAGCGAGAACAAGGGACUCAAAUGGUGAACCGCUUGCAACUUCAUACCACUCAAAAUUUUUUGGGACAGUUGACUAUAUAUGGUACUCAAAGGGUCUUGUACCUACGAGAGUUCUGGACACUCCCUCAGUUGAUAUUCUUCGGAGAGCGGGUGGUCUGCCAUGCAAAAAAGUGGGGAGCGAUCAUCUGGCCCUGGUAUCAGAAUUUGCCUUUACUCAAGACAGUGAUGUGGGUGAAGGCACACUGCUGGCAACAUCUCAGAUGUAGCAAUUGCGCUCUGGAGAUAAAUCAUAGUGAAGUAAAUCUUUCGAUUCUUUUCUCGCGUAACCAAAGAUCUCGAUAAAGUUAUGCGAGCCACUUGCUGGAUUACACUAGAAAAUCAGUUCAUGAAUAUCCGCGCUCGGCUUAAGUGGAUCCCUGGAGUCGAGACUGGUUGAGAUUGAUUUCCUGCGAGUCAAUCAUUACACAUAGCAUUCUUAUGAAUUACUAUUCAUCGUGAACCUGAACAUAAAAUUGCUGCGGUUGUAUCUGCAUCUUCCAAAGCUCUACAUUUGUUUCUC